AUGGUUACUAAAGGAGGAUUACCUGGAUUACCUGCUGAGUUCUUAAUUGAGAAAGCUCUCAGCUUGUCACAAGAAAGAAAGGAAGAAGACUUUGAAGUUGUUUUUGCCUUGUUGGUGAAUGGAUUGUUCUUGUUCCCUAACAUUAAAAACUUUGUUGAUAUGAAUGCCAUCAAGAUCUUUAUGAAGAAGAAUCUUGUUCCUACCUUACUUGGGGACACUUAUUAUUCCAUUCAUCUCAGAAAUUCCUAUGGAAAGGGAAUGGUUACCUGUUAUACUCCUUUUCUAUACAUGUGGUACAUAUCUCAUCUUCCUGACACCUCUGAAUUCUGGAGCCAGAAAGAAGGAUUGAAAUGGUCGCACAAGAUCAUGACUCUCACUAACGCUGAGAUUGUUUGGACAAACAAUCACUUCUGUAGAAUGAAGACUUUGGACUGCUGUGGCGAUUUCCCUAAUGUGCCCCUCAUUGGUACAAAAGGAGCAAUCAGCUAUAGCCCCGUGUUAGUUCGUCGUCAAUUUGGGUUUCCUAUGAACAAAAGACCAAGGAACGGUUUAUUGGAUGGGUUCUUUCUGGGAGAAAGAGUUGAGAACAAAGAGUUUAGAGAGAGGGUUGCUAAUGCUUGGCAUCCAAGCCAUAGAAGAGAAAUCAAAGAUUGGAAGACCAAAGGGGAUCUCUCUCCUGAACCCUUUGAUAGUUGGGUCACUACCAGAGCUGCUGAAACGAGAAUGCAUAUUCUCCCUUGA